GAGAAGGCCCUUCUCCUGGACCCCAUCUGCCAGAAUUUCCUGGCCAAUGGGGCCCACAGCAUGCUUCCUCGGCCAGCACAGCUGGGGCAGGGUAAUGGCCUGAGCCCAUGGGUGAAAUGUUACCAGUUCGGACCAGUUUGCCCAAACCGGUAGUAAAAAAAUGCUACCAUUUGGACGAACCAGUAUUUCCAACUGGUUGUGACAUACGAUUUAUAUUAGCUAGAAUCGUCGGAUUUCCUGCUUUCUACCUAAUCUAAAUCACGUGGCACAGUGGAUUCCCCCACGCCCCGCUGUUCUACUUACCUUUGCAGACACGCCUGGUAGCAGCCUCUGAUCACCCUCCCAAUGUCAUCACGUCCAUUUUUGACAAUGUGUAUGCAUAGAAGGCUCACACACAUGCUCACAUUUACGAAUUGGUAGCAAAGGUAAGUAGAUUUCACCCCUGUAUGAGACGGUCCUUCAAGUAACUUGGACCCGUGCCGCAAAGGGCGUUAAAGGUAGCUAUCAACACCAACUGUCCUGCUGAUAUCCUGUAUACUGCUUUGACUUUUGUUUCUGAAAAUGAACAAUAAUAUUGUCCUUAAUAAACCACUCUUGCAGGGCGCAGGUUGAAGAAGGCUGGCAUAGGCUGGGUAGGAUGCGUCUUCCUUGACCAAGCAGCUUCUUGAUAUCAUCUUACAGGCCACCGUUCGCCCCAAUGGCCCCCAAAAAGAAAAGCUCCAAAAAGAGCAAGCCGGUGAAGAGAGACACUCCUGUUAGUGUCACCUUAGCUGAAGAUCCUUCUCUUGACAUUGACCAACAUCAUCAACUGGACAGUUUGUUCGAAAAUGGCUCUGAUGGCUUCCUUUGCACCGCCACAGAAGUCACCAAUCCAAGCCAUGGAGCCAAGAUGCUGAUGGAGAUGAGCUCCCUGCAGCAGGAGCGCUUCCUUUGCGACCUCACUGUUGCUACCAAAACCAAAUCGUUCAGAGUUCAUAAACUGGUGAUGUCCUCCUGCAGUGACUAUUUCAAAAACCAGCUGAAGAAGGAUCCCAGCCUUCAGCAAGUGGUCCUCAGUGACAUCUCCUCCUUGGGCCUGGCCACCGUCAUCUCGUACGCGUACACGGGAAAGUUGAGUCUGUCCCUGUACACCAUCGGCAGCACCAUUUCCACCGCCAGCCACCUCCAGAUGUACGCGCUGCUCAACAUGUGCUCGGAUUUCCUCAUCCAGGAGAUGAACGUGGAAAACUGGAUGUAUAUUGCCAACAUGGCAGACACGUACAAUCUUGGUCGGAUUAAAGAUGCUGCCAGGAGGUUCAUUCGGGAACAUUUCCUAGAGUUCUCGGAGACGGAGCAGUUUUUGAAACUCACCUUUGAACAUUUGAACGAAUUGCUGAUGGAUGACAACCUGGAGUUCCCAAGUGAAGUGAUGGUCUUCCAAAUUGCCAUGAAAUGGCUUGAGUUUGAUGCCAAGAGGAUCAAGUACGGGGCAGAUCUCCUGAAGAACGUGCGGUUCGGCACGAUCCCGGCUCAUGACUUGAUCAACUAUGUCCAGCCUGUUCCGUGUAUGAUGCAGAACCCGGAAUGUCACAAGCUUCUGGUAGACGCUAUGAAUUAUCAUUUGCUUCCUUAUCAGCAAAAUGAGCUUCAGUCCCGAAGAACCAAAAUCCGAGGGAGCCAGAAGGUGCUGCUUAUAGUUGGCGGGCGGCCAUGCUCUGCAGAGAAGUCCCUCAGCAAAGACGUGAGCUACAGAGAUCAAGAAGGGAACUGGAGUAAGCUGACGGAGAUGCCCACCAAAUGUUUCAACCAAUGCGUUGUCCUUAUGGACAGCUUCCUUUAUGUGGCAGGCGGUGAAGAUCAAAAUGACGCCCGGAACCAAGCAAAACAUGCCAUUAACAACUUAUGCAGGUAUGAUCCACGGUUUGGCACUUGGCUACACUUAGCUAACAUGACCCAUAAAAGGACUCACUUCAGCCUCAGUGCUUUCAACGGGCAUCUCUAUGCGGUCGGAGGCCGCAAUGCAAAAGGCACCUUGGUCUCUAUCGAAUGCUACAUCCCUUCGGCCAACAGCUGGCAACCCAAAGCCAACAUGGAGCUGCCACGCUGCUGCCACGCCAGCGUGGUCAUCGAUGGGAAGAUCUUGGUGACUGGUGGCUACGUGAACAAUGCUUACUCCCGGACCGUCUGCAGCUAUGACCCUGCCCUGGAUUCUUGGCGGGACUGUAGCUGGCUGAGCAGCCCUCGAGGCUGGCACUGCGCUGCCAUGUUGGCCGGCCGAGCCUAUGUUCUGGGGGGCAGCCAGCUGGGCCCCCGCGGGGAGAGGGUCGACGUCAUUCCAGUGGAGUGCUAUAAUCCCUCCACUAACCAGUGGAGCUUCAUGGCCCCCUUGGCCACUGGCCUGAGCAUGGCAGGGGUGGCCACUCUCAGUGGGCAAAUCCUCCUCGUUGGGGGAUGGAACGAAAGUGGGAAAAAAUACCAGAAGGCAAUUCACGCCUUCAACCCUGAUCUGAAUGAAUGGACCGAGGAAGGGGAGCUUUCGGAAGGCACCGUGGGGGUGUCCUGCUGCACCAUUGCUCUUCCUCAUGCGAACACCCGGAGUUCCAGAGCUAGUUCGGUGGCCUCGGCCUCUGUGAGCAUGUAA